CAGCUCGGCAGCUAACCAGCCAGCCGAGAGGGAGAGCUUCCUGUAUAUACUUGUAGUUUAGUUAUUUGGGUUGUUGGCCUGUCCUUGCCGUCCCGUCGAUAAGAACCAUCAUGACAUCCACUAUAGACGAAAGCAACAAAGAAAAGAUGCGCUCUGUGUCUGUGGAUCUAAACCAUGAUGCCUCUCUUAUCAUUGACAUUCCUGAUGCUCUCUGUGAAAGGGACAAAGUCAAGUUUACUGUCCAUACAAAGACCACACUUAGCUCUUUCCAGAAGCCAGAGUUCUCCGUUCCCAGGCAGCACGAAGACUUCAUCUGGCUACAUGACACUCUGGUUGAGACAGAGGAAUAUGCUGGCCUAAUAAUUCCUCCAGCGCCUCCAAAGCCUGACUUUGAGAGCCCAAGAGAGAAGAUGCACAAGCUGGGGGAAGGUGAAGCCACUAUGACAAAGGAGGAGUACACUAAAAUGAAGCAGGAGCUGGAGGCUGAGUACCUGGCUGUGUUCAAGAAAACUGUCCAAGUGCACGAAGUCUUCCUGCAGAGAUUGUCCUCUCACCCCGUUUUAAGCAAAGACAGAAACUUCCAGAUUUUCUUAGAGUAUGAUCAGGAUCUCACUGUGAGAAGAAAGAAUGCCAAGGAAAUGUUUGGAGGAUUCUUUAAAAACAUGGUGAAGUCAGCUGAUGAGGUCCUUAUCUCAGGAAUAAAGGAAGUGGAUGACUUUUUCGAGCAGGAGAAGACGUUCCUGCUCGACUACUACAGCAAGAUAAAAGAUUCCACUGCCAAAGCGGAGAAAAUGACCCGCUCGCACAAAAAUAUUGCGGAUGAUUACAUUCACAUCUCUGCUACUCUGAACAGUCUCUCUGCUGAUGAUACCACAGCAAAUAAAAAGCACCUGGAGAAGUUGUCGGACCUGUUUGAGAAGCUCAGAAAAGUGGAGGGAAGAGUCGCAUCUGACCAGGAGCUGAAACUCACAGAGCUGCUCAGAUAUUACAUGAGAGACAUCCAGGCUGCCAAGGACCUUCUGUACAGGCGAGCCCGGGCGUUAGUCGACUACGAGAACUCUAAUAAGGCCUUGGAUAAGGCUCGACUGAAGAGCAAGGACAUUCCCCAGGCAGAGGAGCACCAGCAGCAGUGCCUGCAGAAAUUUGACAAGCUCUCAGAGUCUGGAAAGAAAGAACUGACCAGUUUCAAGGGCAGGCGUGUUGUGGCCUUCAGGAAGAACCUCAUAGAGAUGGCUGAGCUGGAGAUAAAACAUGCCAAGAACAACGUGACUCUAUUGCAGGGAUGCAUUGACCUGCUCAAGAGCAACUGACAAGUAUUCAAGUAUUCCUGUCCUACCAUCACCAAGUGACCAGUCAUAGAAAAUGGAAACCUGGCAUCCCCGGGGCCUUGCAUGGACAUGAAUCCCUAUCUCUGCUCCCACCCAUGGGUCUGAUGCCACUCAAAAACCCUGCACGAGACUAAGUGUCUUGUAAGCAGAAUGUCUUCAUGUUUACAGAGUCCCUGCCCUCUGGUCCAAGGUCCAUCCUUUUCCAUUAUUUAUGGAAGUCUCGAUGUGAAUGCCUCCAGAGAAAUGAGGCUGCCAACAUUAAGGUCUUCCAUUCCUUUGCAGCACCAAUAGAGGUGAUUAUCCUUUUUUCCUAAUUCAUUUCUCCACUCUUUAUUCACAUUAUGCACAUAGUACACAUCUUGCCUUUUGAUCAUAUUUUUGCCUCAUAAAUUCUGACUCUAAGCUUGUCUCUCAUGUACACUUUUACUUUUUUUUAUUAAGGCUUAGUGCAUGUUUUUCGCAUAGCCGUAACCUAAGUUUUAUGAUUCUUUUGGGACUUUUUUGUUUGCUAAUGGAACAGUUAUACAGAAGCAAAAAUAGUGCCUGAAAAAAACAUCCUAAUGAUCUGCAUUCCUGGGCUCUGAGAUUAGUGUACAAACCAACCAACCCUCUAUUAAGAAAAAAACCUCAUGACUGACUUAUAAGAUGAGACAGAUCGUCUUCUGGUGUUCUAAAAUAGCUGCUCUUCACCUCAGGAAUGGACAGUUGGAUCAGUCCCCACAUUCUUGUUUGUAAGAAGUGACCUGAGAUCACACAGUUAUCAAAGAUGCACAUUGCUUUUGCAAAUGUGGAUGAAUCACAGAAGAUCAAUGAAAAGAAAAAUUCAAUCGGCAGGUUAUCUGAACAUCUAGCGUGCAAAAUCAACAUCUGCAUUUUAGUUCUGUUUGCACAAGGCACUCAUAAUACCCCUGCACUACAUUUAUCAUGUCCCCAGCAGCUUAUUUACCCGAACCACCUCUGCCCAGUCACUUUUUGGUGUGUAAUUAUUGUUUUUUCUUUUUUUUUUACUUUUCCCCUUUCUUAUUAAUGGGGUCUCAUGUAUCAGACCUGACAUAUUGACCAGAUCCUCUAAACAGUUUAUUUAAAGCAGUUAUGAAAAAAAGAUGCACUAAAAAGAUGGAAAAAUACUUUACAAUCAUGACCAGGCUCAGUGGAGUGUUAAAAUACAUUAUAGUUUUUUAAGAAAUUGAAUGUAUUUCUAAUGGAUUCCAACUGUGUGAAUUCCUUUACAUUAUGCUUUUCUUACAGAACAUUAGCAUUUUUAUAAAUUUGUGAUAAUGGCAUUGAAUAAAUCCUACUUUCCCAAGA